UCUUCUCCUGAAGGCUCCAUGGUCUCUUUUCAAAAUCCUCAGGUUGAAAAAAAGCGAAAGAUUACUGAUUCUUUCCCAGAAUCUUCUAAUAAAGUUACUGAAAUCACUAUUCAAGAUCCUAAAAACUAUGUUAAUUCCGAUUAUUCCAAAAAAAAGCAAAAGCGUGAAAUUGAGUAUGAAUAUUCUGACAAAUCUGAUAAUGACUUUAACUCUCUUUUUAACGAAGAAAGUUUGAUAACUCGG